AUGUCUUUCAAACACCAUUCUCCAACAACAUCACUUGUAUUCCUUCUCGUUGCAGCAGGUCUGAUGAUUCUUCUUUCAUCAAAGAACACCAAUCAAGUCAACCAUGACCGAUCUUCACCCUUCUUUUUUGUCUCGGCACAACAACCUGGUACCAACAAACCAGCCAAUUCAUCUCUCCAUAUUUUCAGUCAGUACCACACCGCUUCAUUGGCACCUGGAGCACUUCUCUACAAACAAUUCACGCCUGAUGUUUAUUUGACUUAUGAAGUAGAAUGUUACAACAGACCUUGUGACGUUUUAUUGAUAAAAACAAAACAAGAUUAUUUCAAUUGGAGAUCCAAUUAUUACAAUACUGCUUUCAUGAUUCCUGAUCAAAUCAAGUAUGGAAAUAUUUAUACUUACAAAAUUGAUUAUCAAACCACUUCUGAUGUGGUUUUGGUGAUUGCCAAUCCCAAGAAUGCAACAGCUGGAACAGAAGUUUGGUACAAUUACAAAACAGCUGACGUUGCAAGUAGUGGAGGAAUUAUUGCUGCCAUUGUGAUUGGAUCUCUUCUUGCAAUUUGUUUAUGUUUGUGUUGUUUGGGAGUGGUUAUUUACUUGUUGAGAUUGAGAACCAAUCCAAGAGAUUACAUGCCACAACAAGAUUUACCAAGAGAAUUCUAA